GCGGGACCCGGCCCAGGGCCGCGACACCCCCGGUGGCCCCGGGGAUCCGCUGCGACCCGCGCCGGUCCUGCCACGGGCGGGGCUGUGGGGACGCGGGGGUGGUGGUGAGGCCGGACACCCGGCAGGCAUGGUGGGCUACGACCCCGAGGCCAAGUGCGUGUCCACGGUGGAAGCGGCCGCAGCAGGGUCGGCGUCCGGCUUGGUCACUCGGGUCCUGAUCAGCCCCUUGGAUGUCCUCAAGAUCCGCUUUCAGCUCCAGAUCGAGCAGCUCUCCUCCAGAAACCCCACGGCCAAGUACCACGGCAUCCUGCAAGCUGUGCAGCGCAUCUUCCGGGAGGAGGGCCUGGGAGCCUUCUGGAAGGGCCAUGUUCCCGCUCAGUUCCUCUCAGUUGGCUACGGAGCUGUUCAGUUCAUGGCGUUUGAGAGCCUGACAGAGCUGGUGCACAACGUCACCUCGUACAGCGCCCGCGGCUCCUUCGUGCACCUGGUCUGCGGGGGCCUGGCUGCCUGCACAGCCACCGUGGCAGUGCAGCCUGUGGACACCCUGCGCACCCGCUUCGCUGCUCAGGGCGAGCCCAAGAUCUAUCCCAACCUUCGCCAUGCAAUAGUGACCAUGUACCAGACGGAAGGGCCUCGGACUUUCUACAGAGGUUUGACCCCCACACUCAUUGCUAUCUUCCCAUAUGCUGGUCUCCAGUUCUUCUUCUACAACAUCCUGCAGCAAUUUUCGGAAUGGGUGAUUCCAGCUGAAGGAAAGAAAGGAGGCAACAUUAAAAACCUUGUCUGUGGCAGCUGUGCUGGGAUCAUCAGCAAAACCCUCACGUACCCUUUGGACGUGGUCAAAAAGCGACUGCAAGUGGGUGGCUUUGAGCACGGUCGGGCAGCCUUUGGGCAGGUACGGACGUACAGGGGCUUCCUGGACUGCAUGAGGCAGAUCAUGCGGGAGGAGGGCUCAGGUGGAUUCUUUAAGGGCCUUUCCCCCAGCUUGCUGAAGGCUGCCUUCUCCACUGGCCUCGUCUUCUUCUGGUAUGAGCUGUUCUGCAGCCUCCUGUGCACCCUGAAGAGCCCCAACAGCACUGGGAGGAAGGAAGGCUGACAGGGAUGUUUGUGGCUGCCUGUUCUCCUCAGGAGGGGAGACUCAUGGCUUUGCUCUGUCACGAGCAUGUUGGAAAGGCCAGAGCUCCCAGAGCGCCUCCAGCCUGUGGGAAAUCACCUCCUGGGACCAAGCAGAAGGAGAAGGUGACUGCAGUUCUGCUGGAGACACUGAACUGCUUUGCUGGAGGCUGUUCAACUGAGCACUUUUAUUAGCUCUGUCUCCUCUCAUAAGCACGCAUUUAAUGGAGAGAAGGGAACAAACAGACCAUUCCCUAGCAGCAACUGUGCUCUGGAAAGGCACCCAAUAAAGUGGGUGAAUUUCUGAGGUCGCCCUGGAUCCCAGAGAGGGAUCCUGACCCAGCCUAGUGCAGCUUAACCGACCAAACACCCCUUCCUAGCACUGCAGCUGCACAGCUUUGUUCCCUUGCUCUAUGCCUGCUGUUUGCACCAAAUCCUUGUCUAGGUGUUACACAGGUCACUCUGUUCUGCUGGAGUGAAGUCAGGUAAAACCACCUGAGUGCACAGGCCCUCAGUUUUCCUUUCCUUUGCUGCCAGCUGAUGCUGCUUGGUCACCACUUGCUGGCUGUGCAUUCCCAGCCACCUUAAACACAGAGUCUUCUCUGAUCAUGUUGACCCAGACUUGCUCUUUCUUUAACUCCAGUGAGCUUGAUUGUAUCCUGAGCUCCCAUUUCUCUUCUUGGGUAUGUCUGGCCAUGCAUCUCUUAGGGGUUUGCAUUGCCUCACUCUUACUUUUCACAAGCAAACCUGCAGAUUAAGAGCCCUGCUCUGAAGGGAUUCAACGCACAAGCCUAAUUCUUACUUCAGGGUUCUUUGCUUCAGUGUAGCAAGUAAACAAAUGCUGUGUGGAGUUAAGAAAUAUUUACUCUAAGUUGGAAUAAUGAAGGGAAAGUCCUGUGGAAACUCGUAAA